CUUUAGUUCACCAUCGCGACCGCGACGUAGCGUUGGCGUCGUGCAACACCUUUCAUUGUAUUGACUAUUGACUGAUUCUCAACAUAGAGAAUAAUGUAUAAACUUAAUUUAACGUAUUAUUAUCUUAGUUCUUGUUAAAUUAUAAUGUAAUAUGUCUUAGUUUAAGUGUAAUUAUGUCUCCAUUUACGUGAAUGUGAAAGAAGACAGCCCGUCGAGUGCUACGCGGCCAUUUUACUUGCAAUGCGGCAACGGUGUACAAUCCGCCAUUGGAAACGGCCAGUGUCUUUCUCCGAGUGCAAGAUUUGUAUUUUGUUGAAUACAGCCUAAUAUCGACGGAUAACCAUGAGUGAUUCAAGUGAAGUGCGGAUUUUAGUGUAGUGAAACACGGUGGUCGGGUGAUUCGAAUAAUGUGCGAACGAUGGAAAACGAAGUGAAGCAGCGCAAUCAGAGAAAUAGGCGACGGGAACGGGCACAGCGCAUGCAAGCACAGCGAGAGAGUAAAGUUAAGGAUGGGGACAGCGGCGAGGACGAGUCCCCGGCGAGAGAGAAGCCGCCUCGUCCUCCUACCAGGAGGAAAAAGUCGCGGGAGCCACUCGGAGAGGAGGACAUCAUCGAUGGUUUCGCCAUAAUGGCAUUUCGCACCUACGAAGAUCUCGAGGCUGCUGUAAAAUGUGCUUCCUCACCCCGUACCAACUCUCUGUCGACCAAACCGCGUUUGCCCCUGGCUGCGCUCCCCGGCGACGCUACUCGGAAUCACCCGCCCAACAACGUAAAUUCGCACGGUAUUACGCUGCUUCAAGACGCUGGCACAUCGGAUGACAGUGGUCGGGCCUCCGAACGCCUCACGGGCAGUUCGGUGGCUCCCCGCGACCCCGAUUCAUCCCGCGACAGACUUAGCGACGCCAGUAGCCGCUGUAGUUCCGGAAAAGGCUAUAUCUGUGAUAGUGAAGGCGACGAUGAUAAGGCGAGCCCAGACAAUAGUAGAAAUGUGUCACCACGAUAUCAUGAUGCGUCAAUGGAAGAUGUAUCGGACGCUGGCUCUCUGUUCCGGGUAACGGGCGCGGGCGGUGUCGCGGGCGCGGCAGGGGUGGGCGCAGCGGGCGGCGGCGCCAAGAACGAGCUGGUUGCGCGCGGCGGUAGCGGCGGGGCGCUCGCACUGUCGCGGGCGCCCGUUGGCGGCAGCGCCAGCCCAGCGCCCGCGCCGCUACCGCAACCCGCGCCCUCGCCCGCGCCCGCCGCUCUGCCGCCGCCCGCGCUACCACCGCCGCCCUUCCGCGCCGACACGCCGCACCGGUCCAACGGCGCGCACAUCCCCGCCCUCGACGGCCACGCCGCCACGCAGAUCCCCGCGCGGCCCGUGGGCGCCGCCGGGCCCGACACCCCCGAGCGGCCCGCAAGCAACAACAAGCUACAACCGGGCGCGCGUGCCGCCGCCGACAGCCCGACGCCGGCGCCACCGGCUCCGCCGGCGCCAUCGCCGCUCUUCCCCUCACACACUGCCUAUCAGGCGCACGCGGCGCCUGCCCUGCCUGACUUCCGACACACUAACCACGAGACGCGGACUGAGCCCGGCGAGCAGCCCGCAGCGCCGCUGGACCUGCACGCGCACCACGCGCCGCAUGCGCAGCGCCCGCCGCACCUGGCCCCGGCCGCUGCGCCGCCGCCCCACCCUAGUCUCCCGAGCCGCGUGUCGCACUCGCAGCCCCACCCCGUGAUGCCGGGCCACGACGUGCGGAACAUUCCGGCCGCCGCCCCGACUCAUCCCUCCGUUCCUAUCUCGUUCCCGAGCCGAGUGAACGGCGUGGCGCCGCCGCCGCCGCACUCGGUCGCGUCGUCCACGCCGAGCUGUCUUCCGAGUAGUCAACCCCUGGCCGCGCGGCCGCGCGCCCCGGCCGCGCCCGCCUCUCGCCCUUACCCCGCCCCGUCAAUCGGGUCUAGUCAUAUAAACUCGAGUUUAAGUUCCAGUAUUCACGGCCAUUCGAUACCGUUUCAGAGUCAAUCAAGUUUACAAAAACAUUCCGUACAAUCGGUAUAUACGAGUCGGCCUCCCCAUCUCGCUCCUUUCACCGUGCCUAAUCACGUGACGUCGAAUCAUGUCCAAUCCUCAGUAGCCAGCCAACCGACUGCCACACCUUUAAGUCAUCCAAUAAAUAGCCAUUCCAUUGUCAAUCACGUGAAUCACCUCCCCUCGAGUAAUUCUAAUUCUUUAGCGACGUCUACUCCUAAUCACAUUGGGCCUCCAUUAUCUCUUCCUUCAACUACUGCCAGUUCUGUAUCAAGUUUUACACCAAAUUUGAAGCAUCCAAGCAUUGGUCUACCUCCUCACCCAGCGCCAAUUAUUCCUCCGGUGACACUUCACCAGCCCCAGCACAGUCACGUGGACGCCUUGCCCGUGUCGAGCGGGGCGCCGACAGUCGUCACGACAAGCAGUCAUUCCCUACCAGUGCCAGUGAUAGACUCGCGGCAACCUACGAGCGAAGCGCCCAGAAGCGAGGCGAUCGUGAGCUCCGCGCUCUCGGCCAACGGGUUCCCGCCGCCGGCCGUGUACUCCGGGGCGACGUUCCCGCCGCUAUACGCGCCGUACGCCACGACGCUACAACACAGCCCGUAUCUGCCACCCGCUGCUGCAUCUCCUAGAAACUCAGCGGACACGCGCACAAGUCUAUCAGCGUCACCACUGGUCGCGCCAAAGACUCCGAAAGGCGUUCGACCACAUACGCCAGGCUCGACGGGCGCCGCGGGCUCGAUACCUCCACACGCUCCACACUCCUACUCGCCCAGAGGACACAGUCCUAGCCGGGAACGGGAAAGCUUUAGCAGCAACAUCAGCAGUUUGUCGCGCAGCACGCCCGCGUCGGCGAGCAGCACGCCGCUGGCGCCGACGAUCGGCGCGCCCCUCCCCGCGCCUCUAGCUACACCGCUCGCUGCUCCUCUAGCGGCGCCGCUAGGUCCGCUGAGCAGCCUGGCCGGUCUGGGCGCGCCGCUGUCGGCGCCGCUGGCCGCGCCGACGCCGACGCCGGCGGCGCCGGGCGCGCUCCUGGCGCAGUCGCUGGCGCCCGUGCCCACCGUGCCCAGCAUCAGCUCUAGCGCCAAGCCGCCCGCGCACUGGGGGGUGACCAGGACGGAUCGCGGGUUCGCGCCGGCGCCGCCGCUGUUCGGCGCGCCGCUCGCGCCGCCCAACCCCAACCCCUUCUCGGCCGAGUCGCUCUUCCAGACCAGUCCUUCGGCAGAUCUCUUGCGGCGCGAAUUAGAUAACCGGUUCCUGGCGGCGGCGGGUGCGGUGGGCGCGACGGGAGCGCGCACGGAGAUGCACCACCACCAGCACCAGCACACGCACGUGCACCAGCACCCGCACCACCACCCGCACCAGCUGCUGCACCCGCACUCGCUGUUCAAGGACGUGAGCAAGAUGAGCUCGCUGUACCGCGGCGGGCUGGGGCUGGGCUACCCGUACGGCUCGUCGCUGCUGCACGCCGCGCAGCCCUACCCGCCGCCGCCGCAGCCCUCCGCCGUGCCGCCGCUCGCCGCCUACGCGCCCAAGCCCGUAGUGUCGGCCGCGAGCGACUCCGCCACUAAACCACCACCUCGCCCCGCCGUCGCGAAAACCGGCAAAUGGAACGCCAUGCACGUGCGGAUCGCGUGGGAGAUCUACAACCAUCAGCAGAAGGAGAAAACGGGAGGUGCCGCGCCGACCGCCCCGGGCGUCGCCAACGCCGCCGCCGACAAGGACAAGCUGCGCGCCUUCCCCGCGCCCGCGCCCCCACCGCCCGCCUACCGCUCGCCCUACGACCUGCCCGCGCCCUACCUGCCGCACCACCCGCACCUAGGUAGCGUCCGAUACCCGCCCGUCUCGCUGGCCGCCGCUCUCGCGCCGCCCACUGACCGAGGUUUGCGCGUUUCAGGGAUAUCGCCGUUCGGACGCUACGGCGCCGGCGCGUUUCCCGGCGCCCCCGCCGCCUUCGGGCUGUACGGCCGCGACCUCGCGCUGUCCUCCCCGCUGCACGGCGUGCACCACGGGCCGCUAGGCGCGCCGCUGCACGACGCGUGGCGGCCGCGCCCGCCCGCGCCCGGCGUGCCCGCUGCCGCCGUGGCCGCCGCCGAGGCUCGCCGCGACCACGAGGAGCGAGAGCGCGCGCGCCGCGAGCGCGACGACCGCGAGCGCCGCGACCGCGAGGAGCGCGAGCGCCGCAAGCAGCGCGAGCACCAGCACCGCGAGCGCGAGCUGGAGCGCGCGCGCGCCCGCUCGCCGCUGCGCAACGGCCCGCCCGAGCCCGAGCGCCAGGUGAAGGACGAGCGCAAGGAGCCGCCGCGCCCGCCGCCGCCCUCGCUGCCCGCCUACCCGCCGCCGCCGCCCUGGGGCGACCCCUACCGCGCCUUCGACCCGCUGCAGCACAUGCGCUUCGCGCCCAUCGUCGAGGCGGCCAUCCGCGCCGAGGAGGACCGCCACAAGAUGCUGAGCGCGUACGCCCACCACCAGCAGCUGAAGGCAGCGCCGCUGCUGCACCGCGGCCUGGGCCACGGCCUGCCGCUGCACCCGGGUGCGCACCCGCACGCGCACCCGCACCCGCACGCGUCGCUGGCGCCGCUGCCGCCGCUGGCGCCGCCGCUCGCGCCCCUCGCCCCGCUCGACCUGCUCAAGAAGGAGGAGCCGCGAUGAUAGCGCCGAUUCUCGUCGCCUGUACAUACGGUAGAGUAAACGACGUCGCGAGUGAGAAUACGACAGUUUAAUGUAUAUCGUUUCGUAUUAUCGGUUUAGAAAAAUAUUUAUUGUAACGUCGCUUGCCGAGACGACGGUCGCUCUACUCGCGAGCCGCCCCCGACGCGUUCUUAGUGUAAUGUUGACCGGUAUCGUAGUUGAACGACGUCGCGAGGAGCGGAGAGUCGAGGGGCCGGAGCGAGAGGGCGAGACUCGGGAGAGGGUGGUGCGAGCGAGACGGCUCGCUCGACAAGUGCAAUAUAGGACGAGGACUCUGGGCGCUCGUCGCCGCCGGCCUGUACACUACUGCUUGUUUAUUUACAUGGAAAUAUCUAUAGAGUUGUUAUUGUGACCAUUAUUAGUUAAUUAUACAUCAAAUUGCUGAUUAUGUGAGGGAUAGGAUUAUUGAAAUCGCUAUCAAUAUAAUUAUACAUAUUUAUAUAUACAUAUAAAUAAAAUGUAAAUAUUAGUGUGUAAAUUAGUGUUAAAAUAUAGAAUUGGUUUAUUUAACUUCAAACAAAGGAAAAAUCCCAUAAAUUAUUAUUGUAUCGGGAGUUUAAUUUAUGCUUCCGUUAAAAAUCUCAUAAUGGUUUUUCAAUUGUACCAGUGGAGUAAAUUUAUUUAUUUACUGACUCCUUAAUUAGUGAUCAAGAAAUACAAUUACACUUGACAGUAAUAGCGGAUGAUUUUUUGUUAAAAUGCAUUUAAAAGUAUGUGAUAUUAUUAUAUGUAUGUAUUGUGAAAAAAAAACAUUUUGUCUGACUUCAAGUAGUGUCUCUCAGGUUUAUAGAUCUAAUGAGUAAUAUGCAGUAAUGUUCAAAUUUGUAUAAAAGUAUUCCAUAAAUCAUUACAUUUUGGAUUUAAAAUAAUUGUGAGCAAUAUCUGGAUUCAUACUUUUUUUAGUUAUGUUAUAAGUCAGCAACUACAAACGCGUUAGUGUGCCAUUCAACCAGUGUAAGUGAUCAUUGAGUCAGACAAAAUUGCAGUUGUAACCUGUCUUAUGGCACAUUAAAAUUUGUGUUCUUAUCGCGAGAACGAUGAAGUGUAUUAUAGUUUAUACAAAAUCAUUCUGUAUACUAAAAAGUAAAUGAAAGCUUGGUGCGAUUCAGAAAAUACCAUUAAAACUUUUGAUUUUUAUACCAAUAA